UAUCAGGCAGCUAACAGCUAACCCUACUUUCUGACUUCCGGUGCCUUGAAAGCAAGGCCUCCUUAUAAUUAACCUGAUAACCUUCGUCGUCAUCCAUUAUUAUUUUCGUUUCUUUUCUUCUCUGUUUUCUUGUUAACAUUUCGAAUCGAACUGAGAAAAUUUUCUUGCCUAUCCAAUCACUUCGAUUCCCUCCAACGAUUAAUCACCUUUCACCGUUUUUUCUGCAAAAAGAGAAGGCAAAAGAAGAAGAAAAAUAGAAACAUGUUUUUGCCAAUCUUUGCUACCGUAUCAUCAAUCCCUAACGUUUCUUCAACCUGAAACUUUUGGAUCGAAGAUAUUUCGACUCUCAGAUUUUGCUUGUUUGUAUUUCGACUUGAAGGGGAAGAUGAGCAAUCAGAAGAAGCGAAAUUUUCAGAUAGAGGCGUUUAAGCACCGGGUGGUGAUGGAUCCGAAAUACGCCGACAAGACCUGGAAGAUUCUGGAGCACGCGAUUCAUGAGAUAUACAAUCACAACGCCAGUGGUCUCAGCUUCGAAGAGCUCUACAGAAAUGCAUACAAUAUGGUGCUUCACAAAUUUGGUGAAAGGCUUUACUCUGGACUGGUUACAACCAUGACUGCACAUCUCAAAGACAUAGCUAAUUCCGUUGAAGCAGCUCAAGGGGAAUCCUUUCUGGAAGAACUUAACAGAAAAUGGAAUGAUCAUAAUAGGGCAUUACGAAUGAUCCGAGACAUACUGAUGUAUAUGGAUAGAACUUACAUCCCAAGCACACAUAAGACACCUGUUCAUGAGCUUGGGCUGAAUCUUUGGAGAGAAAAUGUUAUUUACUCCAGCCAGAUCAGGACCCGGCUGUUGACUAUACUUUUGGAAUUCGUACAAAGGGAGCGCACUGGUGAAGUUAUUGAUAGAGGGCUAACUAGGAAUAUAAUAAAGAUGCUAUUGGAUUUGGGUCCAUCUGUUUAUGCACAAGAAUUUGAGGCUCAUUUUCUUCGAGUGUCUGCUGAGUUCUACAGGGUAGAAUCCCAGAAAUUCAUUGAGUGCUGUGACUGUGGGGAAUAUUUGAAAAAAGCAGAGAAGCGACUGAACGAGGAAAUUGACAGGGUGAACCAUUACUUGGAUUCCAGGACUGAAAAGAAGAUAACAAACGUAGUGGAGAAGGAGAUGAUUGAAGACCACAUGCUUAGAUUAAUAAACAUGGAGAAUUCUGGGUUAGUAAAUAUGCUUUGUGACGAUAAGUAUGAAGAUCUGGGUCGAAUGUAUAACUUGUUCCAUCGCGUCACUGAGGGUCUUUCAAAAAUUCGAGAAGUGAUGACUUCCCACAUCAGAGAAUCUGGCAAAGUGCUUAUUACUGAUCCGGAAAGGUUGAAGGAUCCCGUAGAGUUUGUGAAUAGGCUUUUGGAUGAGAAAGAUAAAUAUGACAAGAUUAUUAACCUGGCAUUCAACAACGACAAAUCAUUUCAGAAUGCUCUGAAUUCUUCAUUUGAAUACUUCAUAAACUUGAAUCAGCGUUCUCCAGAGUACAUUUCACUGUUUGUAGAUGAUAAACUUCGUAAAGGCCUGAAGGGUGUAAGUGAAGAUGACGUAGAGGUUACCCUUGACAAGGUGAUGAUGCUGUUUCGAUAUUUGCAGGAAAAAGAUGUGUUUGAAAAGUAUUACAAACAGCAUCUGGCAAAGCGGCUCUUGUCUGGAAAAACAGUUUCUGAUGAUGCAGAGAGAAGCCUCUUGGUUAAGCUCAAGACAGAAUGCGGCUACCAGUUUACCUCGAAAUUAGAGGGCAUGUUUAUGGACAUGAAAACUUCUGAGGACACGAUGCAAGGGUUUUACUCGAGCCACCCUGAGCUCGGAGACGGUCCUACACUUACUGUCCAGGUUCUGACAACAGGAUCUUGGCCAGCUCAGCCUAGUGCUCCAUGCAAUCUGCCAGCUGAGGUGUCUGCACUUUGUGAGAAGUUUCGGUCCUAUUAUCUUGGCACCCACACUGGCAGGAGAUUGUCCUGGCAAACAAAUAUGGGAAGUGCAGACGUAAAGGCAACCUUUGGAAAGGGCCAGAAGCACGAGUUAAAUGUCUCCACUUAUCAAAUGUGUGUCCUCAUGCUGUUCAACGAUGCCGAUAGACUUUGCUACAGGGAGAUCGAGCAAGCAACAGGGAUUCCAGCUUCAGAUCUGAAGAGGUGCCUCCAAUCAUUGGCUUUGGUUAAGGGAAGAAAUGUCCUCAGGAAGGAGCCUAUGAGUAAAGAUGUUGCGGAGGAUGAUUCAUUCUUUGUUAAUGACAAGUUCAGCAGCAAGUUAUACAAGGUAAAAAUAGGAACUGUAGUAGCACAAAAGGAGUCAGAACCUGAGAAGUUGGAAACUCGGCAAAGAGUGGAGGAGGACAGGAAGCCUCAGAUCGAAGCUGCAGUAGUGAGGAUCAUGAAAUCAAGGAAAUUCCUCGAUCAUAACAAUCUUGUAGCAGAGGUCACAAAGCAGCUGCAAUCGCGAUUCUUGGCAAAUCCAACGGAGGUUAAAAAACGGAUCGAGUCCCUCAUUGAGCGUGAAUUUUUGGAGCGUGAUGAGAGUGACAGAAGGUUUUAUCGGUAUCUUGCCUAGAUUUGGUUCCAAAGCUUGUUCAGUUUCUGAUGAGUAGCAGUGAGCCAUUAUAUUGUACCUUACACGCAUGUGAAGGUUGCAUUUCAAAAGCUCCAUUGGUUUUCAAUGUAAAUCAUAUUGUUGUACCUUGGAUUUUGUGUUUGAGCUUAGAGCUUAUCAUCUGCAUAACGUAGCAAACUAAAUGUCCAUGGUCUAUUUGAGGAAUCGUUUGCAGCA